UGAAGUCUACAUCUGACAUGUUGUACAGGUCUGUGUUGCAUAGUCUCGGUUCGAGAAGCCAGAUUUUUCACAGUUUAGCAACCAGCGCUUUGCUCAUGGAGGCAGACACACAGUGAUCGUGCAACGUACUGCGGUAGGGAUGUUCUCCUGGGCUACCUCAGCAAGAAACUAGAUGAGGUAUUGAUGCUAAAGCCUGGCGAGUACUGCGCAGUGCGGGGACUGCUGACAAAAAAUUGCUAUAGCCAUAUGUGCAGCUUUUUGCUUCCAUGAUAUGAGCAACUAUAAGUAUUCGCCUAUCAACAAGGUAGGAAUCUCUCAAACAAGAGCUGACACAUACCCUGUGAAUCCCUGUGAUCUAAUAAAGUAGUCCUUAUGGUGGAUAAUUAGUGUUUUUGAAUUUAGUACUAAAUAGAUUCCGCUGCUGCUCAUAUAUUUUUGACCCGAUUCGUGUUUCUGUGAGGUACUGGGCCAAUGGCAGAGGCAAAGGCCAGCCAAAAGGAGGCUUUGACUGCGGCUGCAGGUUCCUAUGCAAUAGAUUCAGCUGACUGGGGCGUAAGCGACUGGAGUGUUCCUGGAGACGCUGCCCUCGAUGCAGAUGCUGAGAUUGAGGCCUUGCUGGCAGCCCGCUCCAAUGUCUCAAAAGAGGGUGCAAUGCCCUCAAGAGGCAAAGAGGUGAGAGAGCAACAGGAUGAGACAUCUUCGUGGCUUGGAGUUAGAGAAGACCCUUUGAGGCCCUUGAGCUGGCCAUGCCUUUCGCUGAGUGUCGACUACGAGCCGUGGAAUUCUGCAGAGGGUAGCCAUGAAGAAGAACUCUUGCAGAGAUACUUGCAGAGCGAACUAUCUGGGAACGAGGACCUGAGCUCCAUGUCUGGGCCCCUGCCAAAGGAGCUGGAAGUGGAGGCGGCGAGCCUUCGCCAAGAAGCUGGGGACGCUUUACCAAGCUCCGGUCAGGAGGCCGGCUUUGGCGAUGAGGAUGAUGAUGAUGAUGAUGCCGAAGAGGCCAUCCGCGCUGGGGACAAGAAUGCCAGGGUGGAUUGGUUAAUGAGGCCAUCGGACCAACAUGUUCCCUCCAGGUUGUAUAUGCAAUGUUGGCACACUUCAACGUCUCACAUCAAUCAAUACAUGGGAUAUUAAGUUUCAUCAGUCAAGCUUCGACAGUUUGGCAUCAGAGAAGAUGUGUUUUUUGGGUUGGAUGUUACAUGAGCCAUGGUCAAAACUAGG